CCCAGGGCUGCUGCGGCGGCCACGGCCUGUGUGUGCGGGCAGCGCUUUGUCUCUGGGUCGUUCUGCUCUCGGACGGGGUUUCGCUGAAGCUGCGGCGGUGCCACACACCGGUCUGUGAGGUUGCAGUGUGCUGUGCUGUCAGUGUCAGGUGUACCAAAAGCACAGUGGGUUUCUUGGAGCAGCAAUUCUGAUCGGUAAUGAGCAGAUGAUAACAAGUUAAACAGUGCCUGGUCAACAACGCAAUCACAGUGGCAACAGUACAUAAGCAACAUCAAAGAGCCGGGGACUUUGGUGUCCCCGUGUCAGCAGGAAACAUGCCCAGGAUCUCAGCUGCCAGAGUGCCUGCAAUUUUUACUUAGAUUUCUAUAGGUCUUGUAGCCAUGUCUGUUAAUGCAACAGAGAAUGAUCCUCCCAGAUUCUUUGUGGGUGGAGAAGAUGGAGAAGGAUUAUUGGAUUCAGCCAGAUCUACAGAUUAUGAACACUUCUAUGACCAUGGGGAAGAAGAGGAGGAAGAGUAUGACUCUCCACCAGAAAGACAAAUUGCAGUUGGGAUUUGUUCAAUGGCUAAGAAAUCAAAGUCCAAACCAAUGAAAGAAAUUCUUGAACGCCUCUCCAUGUUUAAGUAUAUAACUGUGGUGAUAUUUGAAGAGGAUGUUAUUUUGAACGAGCCAGUAGAAAAUUGGCCUUUAUGCGACUGUCUCAUUUCUUUUCACUCUAAAGGGUUUCCACUGGACAAAGCUGUAGCUUAUGCAAAACUCAGGAAUCCGUUCAUAAUCAAUGACUUGAAUAUGCAGUAUCACAUACAAGACAGAAGAGAAGUCUAUGGUAUUCUUAAAGCUGAAGGAAUUUUACUUCCUCGCUAUGCAGUUCUGAACCGUGAUCCAAACAAUCCCCAAGAAUGCAACUUGAUUGAAGGAGAAGAUCAUGUGGAAGUGAAUGGAGAAAUUUUCCAGAAGCCCUUCGUAGAAAAGCCAGUUAGUGCUGAGGACCACAAUGUUUACAUUUAUUAUCCAACAUCUGCUGGGGGUGGAAGCCAGAGGCUUUUUCGAAAGAUUGGCAGCAGAAGCAGUGUUUAUUCUCCUGAAAGCAGUGUGAGGAAAACAGGCUCCUAUAUUUAUGAGGAAUUCAUGCCUACAGAUGGAACUGAUGUGAAGGUGUACACAGUAGGUCCAGACUAUGCUCAUGCUGAGGCCCGGAAGUCUCCAGCUCUGGAUGGCAAAGUAGAACGAGAUAGCGAAGGAAAAGAAGUGAGAUACCCAGUCAUCCUGAAUGCAAGGGAGAAGUUAAUUGCUUGGAAAGUAUGCCUUGCCUUUAAGCAAACAGUUUGUGGCUUUGAUUUGCUACGUGCUAAUGGACAGUCCUAUGUCUGUGAUGUGAAUGGCUUCAGUUUUGUGAAAAACUCCAUGAAAUACUAUGAUGAUUGUGCUAAAAUACUGGGAAACAUCAUAAUGAGAGAACUUGCUCCCCAAUUUCAAAUACCAUGGUCAAUUCCUUUGGAAGCUGAAGACAUUCCUAUUGUGCCAACCACCUCUGGAACAAUGAUGGAGCUUAGAUGUGUUAUAGCUGUAAUACGCCAUGGGGAUCGAACACCAAAGCAAAAAAUGAAAAUGGAAGUAAAACAUCAGAGAUUUUUUGAUCUCUUUGAAAAAUGUGAUGGAUACAAAUCUGGAAAACUGAAACUGAAAAAACCAAAACAGUUGCAGGAAGUACUUGAUAUAGCAAGGCAGCUCCUUGUAGAACUUGGGCAAAACAAUGAUUCUGAAAUUGAAGAAAGUAAAGCAAAACUUGAACAGCUAAAGACUGUGUUAGAAAUGUAUGGGCAUUUUUCAGGCAUAAAUCGCAAAGUUCAGUUAACAUAUCUUCCUCAUGGCUGCCCUAAGACUUCCAGUGAAGAGGAAGAUAAUAGAAGAAAUGAGCCAUCCCUGCUUCUGGUUCUAAAAUGGGGAGGAGAGUUGACCCCUGCAGGCAGGGUUCAAGCAGAGGAACUUGGAAGAGCUUUCAGAUGUAUGUAUCCAGGCGGACAAGGAGAUUAUGCUGGAUUUCCUGGAUGUGGAUUACUUAGAUUACAUAGCACUUACCGACAUGAUCUCAAAAUCUAUGCUUCUGAUGAGGGACGAGUUCAGAUGACUGCAGCAGCUUUUGCAAAGGGACUACUGGCCUUAGAGGGAGAGCUGACUCCUAUUCUUGUCCAGAUGGUUAAAAGUGCUAAUAUGAAUGGUCUGUUGGACAGUGACAGUGAUUCUUUAAGCAGCUGUCAACAUCGUGUUAAAGCAAGACUCCAUGAAAUUCUCCAGAGAGACAGAGAAUUUACUGCUGAUGACUAUGAUAAGCUCACUCCAUCUGGAAGCCUCUCACUGAUAAAAUCAAUGCAGGUUAUUAAAAAUCCUGUAAAGACAUGUGACAAGGUCUAUUAUUUGAUACAGAGUUUGACUUCUCAGAUCAGGCAGAGAAUGGAAGACCCAAAGUCUGCAGAUAUUCAGCUGUACCACAGUGAAACUCUAGAACUGAUGCUGCGCAGGUGGGCCAAGCUGGAAAAAGACUUCAAAACAAAAAAUGGAAGAUAUGAUAUUAGCAAAAUUCCUGAUAUUUAUGACUGCAUAAAAUAUGAUGUACAACACAAUGGAUCCUUACAAUUAGAAAACACAAUGGAAUUAUACAGACUUUCAAAGGCUUUAGCUGACAUUGUAAUUCCUCAGGAAUAUGGUAUUUCUAAAGCUGAGAAACUGGAGAUUGCCAAAGGUUACUGCACUCCUCUAGUCAGGAAAAUCCGUUCUGACCUUCAGAGAACUCAAGAUGAUGACACUGUAAAUAAGCUUCACCCUCUCUACUCCAGGGGUGUGAUGUCCCCAGAACGGCAUGUUCGUACCCGGCUGUAUUUCACCAGUGAGAGUCACGUCCACUCUCUGUUAUCCACCCUUCGUUAUGGUGCCUUAUGUGAUGAAUCAAAAGAUGAACAGUGGAAACGAGCUAUGGAUUACUUAAAUGUGGUCAAUGAACUCAAUUACAUGACACAGAUUGUCAUCAUGCUUUAUGAGGAUCCAAACAAGGAACUUUCUUCGGAAGAACGUUUUCAUGUAGAGCUGCAUUUCAGUCCAGGAGCAAAAGGCUGUGAGGAAGAUAAAAAUUUACCAUCUGGAUAUGGAUACAGACCUGCCUCCAGAGAGAAUGAAGGCUCAAAGAAAACAUCUCAUAGAAAUGAUAGUGAUGAGGAGGUACAUGCUCCUAAACGAGAUGAAACGGAUCGAUCAGUAGUGAUGUUCAAGCCAAUGGUAUCAGACCCAAUUCACAUACACAGAAAGUCACCCCUUCCAAGAUCCAGGAAGAUUGGUUCUGUUGAAGAAGAGAGCCCCCUGAGUGUGUCUAGCCCAGAGUGUAUUGGUACCUGGCUGCAUUACACCAGUGGUGUGGGUACUGGGCGUCGAAGACGCAGAUCAGGGGAACAAAUCACUUCUUCCCCUGUCUCCCCUAAAUCACUGGCUUUCACAUCCAGUAUUUUUGGCUCAUGGCAACAGGCGCAGUUUAGGAAAGUGCAUUUGGUCCUAUCAGAAAGCAAUAGUAACUUACGAACACCAAGAACUAUUCUGGAACAAAAGCAGAGUGGUCUAGGGUCUCACUGUGCGGGCCUGUUUAGCACCUCAGUGCUCGGGGGUUCUUCAAGUGCACCUAACCUACAGGAUUAUGCUCGUACGCAUCGUAAAAAGCUGACUUCUUCUGGCUUCAUAGAUGACACCACACGCGGUUCUGCUGUUAAAAGGUUUUCUAUCUCAUUUGCUCGACACCCAACCAAUGGUUUUGAACUGUAUUCGAUGGUGCCUUCUAUUUGUCCUUUGGAAACUCUACACAAUUCCUUGUCUCUGAAGCAAGUGGAUGAAUUUCUUGCUUCUGUUGCUGCUCCACCAAGGGAAAAUCUACAGGAGACAUCUACUCCAACUUACAUGAUGCCCCUUUCAGGAAGGAAAAUUUCUUUAAAUACAUUUACCCCUGCAAAAAUUCAACCAACUCCACUUGAAACUUUGCCUGAAAGGCUAGUGGUGGAGAAACUAACCUUAUCUACCCUUGGAUGUCCUGUUAAUGUAUCUAAUAUUAAACCAUCUCUUGAAGAGGCCUCAGUAGAUGCAGAACUUUGUGGUGAAACUCCUUCCGAGAAGAAAUGAUCAGACAAAACUGGAAACAACUUCUUAAACAGUUCUUCAGUGUGUAUUCAAGCAAGUUAUGGAGCUGUCAAAAGCCAUUCACGUUUGCAUCUGCAAUUCAUAGUGCACUUAAAAAUCUUUAUACGCGGUUAACUAAUGUGCACAGUAUUUACAUCAAGCAUCUUUUCUCAUUUUCUAAAUACACUUAUCAGUUUGAUGAAUGUCACAGCUUUUAAUGGAAAAGCUGCAAGUGAACCUUUUGUGUGUCUUCAAAUAUCUACUGUAAACAUGUACAAAAACAAGAUGGUAUGUAUUACAGUGGUUUUGUUAUUGUCACUGUAAUGAAAGCGUUGUCUGUUGUCAUCAUAAACUUCUAUUUUCAGGAGUUUAUCAUCUCCCUGUGAAUUUCUUCUGUGUGCUGAAACAGAACACGCAUCUUAGCUUUUUUUUAAAAUGUAACUACAUUUCCAAAGAGAUGUCUUUUCCCUGGUUUGGAGAUAAGCAGAUAUUUUCUGCAUUUUAAUUAUAUUAUAUUAUAUUAGCUGCAAUAAUUAGGCAUGAUGGAGUGAGUUCAUGUGUCAGCACUUUUGACUACUCUUUUUCUUUUUUCUGUGUUUACAUCAGACCUGUAACAUUCAAAUCUACCUUCUUGUUUAUUGUUUAGUACACAUGCUUGUAUACAGAUACCUGUAUAUCAUCCAGACGUAAAACUGUCUUUUAUAUCUAUAAACUAUCUUUUAUCAAAACCUUCUUUUGCUUACUAAAAAAGACAGUUUUACUUUCCUUGCCAUGUGUUUCUAGAAAAAGGUGAUACUAAAAAGCAGGUUUUGUAGAAUGAGAAAUGUUACAGCUGGUCUGCUGCUAGGUUUAUUCUGAAAAUUGUAAAUAUUCCUCCUAUGAUUUAUUGUCAUCAUUUCAGCACAGAGAGAGACUGUGGACUACCAGAACUCAGUGUGUGCUGUUGCAAAAUACUCAGGAUUCAUCAUGGCCUGGGAAUUUUCAUACCUCCCUCCUUCCAAGCUACUGGUUGAUAGCAACUCUCAAAAAAACCUACAACAAACAAACCAAAAAAACCACAACAAGCAAACAAAAAAACAACCAACCAACCAAAACCCACAAAAAUAAAUAAAAAAAAAAAAACCACAAAAAACCCCCACAAAACAAAAAUAAGAAAAAAAAUAAACAUUUUAUGAGAUGUAAGAAACAUUUCUAAAUUGGUGGAACAUGGAGUUGUGGUGUUACGUAGAAUAAUUAUCCAAUCUAAGCAAUUUUUGUAAUUUUUUUCUGAGGCAUGAAAAAUUACUGGGUUAUCAGUACCCCAAAUGUAUGAAAAUAUAGACCACUUCUUUAAGUUCAAGUGGCUGAGUAGUAAGAAUGGACUUCAUAUCUACAAGUUAGGUUAUUCCUUUCAUGUUUAAGCUGCAGAAGACAGCUUAUGAGUAAAAUGUUUAAGUAGGGCUCUUAUUUGUCUCCAGAGCCAGUGCAAACUGCACUAGUUACAUUCACUAGUUACUAUUUACAUUCACUUCAUCACAGGGUCUUUUUUCAGUGUUUACCGUAUAUGAAAAGGCUUCAGCAGAUGAUUUCUAACAAUGCUGAUUCAAUACCAAAAAUAUUAAGGGUUUCACAGCUAUAUACUUCAAGCAUUUCAUUUUCCAUAGGGUAAUUGUGUUAUUUACAAUGUUGGUCUUGCAUACAACUGAAUGUACCCUUGUUUACCAUUUAAAAAGAAAACCUAAAAAUUUAAGUAUAUGUAUCAUUCCAGUCAACCAAAGCUGUGGCAUAACUUUUUUUAUGUGGUUCUAAAUAAAAUCAAGGUCACUGGCAACUUC